AUGGAUGCAUCAAAUCGGUUGGAUUUUGGCCUCGACAGUGGAACGAAUAUCGAUGGUUUCAACCACGCUGGAGAUGGAAUGGAUCGUGGAUUGCCUGAUUUUCCUAUCCAGUUUCCUGGUACAUCGAUGGUAGAAGGUAACGUUAGUUCUGGUUGUACCACAACAGAUGUGUUCGCUUGGCCAUUAAGUUACGGUGGCUCUUCGCUCAGACCCAGGCCCCCACCAAGCACCCGCAUCGAUUUCGAAGAAUUGGUAAAGGGACUCUCGGGAGCGACGCAGCACAGCCAUGCUGUGGACAAAUGUUUGCAAGGGAAUUGAAAAUUUACUGAAGGUAAUUCCGUCCAAACUUCAUGCAGGCCAAAGCCCAGAAGUAACCAAGAAAAUUAUUGACUUUCUCGCGGAAAAGUGGAAGGUACUGGAAGCGCUACACACGAAAUAACUUUCUGGAAUAAAUGA